UCAACCAAAAGAAAGCCGACACUUUGCAUUAUUUGACGGGAUAGAAUUUUGAUACAUCGACUCCCAACUAACCUACUAUUUGAUUUUUUUAACAUAAAUUAAUCUAAACUAGACACACAUUAAAGUAAUAAUUAAAUAACAUAUGAACUUUUGAUACUCCUUCAACCCUUCACUUCACAGAAGAUACCACUUACUUGUGCUUCGAGAAUUCUGAGUUUCCUCAUCGUACCUUUCUAGAAAGAAAACCAUGGCAGAGCUUUUCCUUUCUCCGUUAAUCCAACUGCUCUUUGACCAAUUGGCGUCUGGCGAGUUGCUCAACUUUGCACGCCGACAUGUGGGACUCGGAGAAAAGCUGAACAAGUGGAAGCAUACGUUGGAAGGAAUCCAGGCAGUCCUUGAUGAUGCGGAUGGAAAGCAGCAUGAUGAGAAGCAAUCCAGGGCAGUAAAACUGUGGUUGGAUGAUCUUAGAGACUUGGCUUACGAUGUGGAGGACAUACUUGAUGAGUUCGCCACGGAAGCUUUGCAACGCAAAUUGAAGGGAGGAGAUGAUGAUCAGGCCAGCACAAGUAAGUUACGGAAACUCAUCCCUACCUGUUGCAUUGGUUUGACUCCAAGUGCUCUUAAGCUCAAUGUUAGUCUGGUUUCAAAGAUAGAGGAGAUCUCUGCUCGAUUCGAUGAAAUUGUCGAACGAAAAGGUCGACUGAAAUUGGAAGAAGCUGCUGAUCGUGGGAGAUCAAACAGAAGAAGAGGGACACUGGAGCCAACCUCUUUAAUGACAGAUGCUUAUGUUUUUGGCAGGGAAAAAGAUAAAGAGGCUAUCCUUCAAGUGUUGCUGAGUGAAAAACGCAGUGAUGCUAGAGAUAAAGUUUCUGUGAUUCCCAUUCUUGGUAUGGGGGGCAUAGGAAAGACAACUCUUGCCAAACUUUUAUUCCAUGAUGAAAAAGUGCAAAGCUUUUUUGAGUUAAAAGCAUGGGCUUGUGUUUCCGAAGAUUUCAAUGUUGUUAGAGUCACAAAAGCAGUUUUGAAAAUGGUCACCACUGAAAGCUGUGACGACGAUGAUUUGAAUUUGUUGCAAGUCAAACUAGAGAAGAAUCUGAAAGGAAAAAAGUUUCUAGUCGUUUUGGAUGAUCUUUGGAAUGAGAACUACGAUGACUGGACUAUCUUGCGUGCUCCUUUCCUAGCAGGGGCUCCCGGAAGUACAAUUGUUAUCACAACUCGUAAUGAGAGAGUUUCAUUAACAACACGUUCCAUUCCAGAAUACCAUUACCGUUUGGAAGUGCUGUCAAAAGAUGCAUGUUUGUCUGUAUUUACCCAACAUGCACUGGGGGCAAGCAACUUCAAUGCACAUCCGGACCUCCAAGAGAGUGGUGAAAAAAUCGUUGAAAGAUGUAAAGGCUUGCCUUUGGCGGCAAAGACCCUCGGAGGCCUCUUGCGCACUAAAAAGGACCGUAAUGAGUGGGAAAAUGUACUUAAGAGCAAGAUAUGGGAUAUACCAGAGGAGAGAAGUGGAAUUGUUCCCGCCCUUAUGUUGAGCUACCACCAUCUUCCCCCACAUUUAAAAAGGUGCUUUAUGUAUUGUUCAAUACUCCCAGAGGACUGUGAAUUUAAAGAGCAGCAGUUGAUUUUGUUGUGGAUGGCAGAAGGUCUAAUUCAACCACCGAAAGAGGAUACGCAAAUGGAAGAUCUAGGUAGCGAGUAUUUUCAAGAUUUGUUGUCAAGGUCCUUUUUCCAACAAUCAAGCACGAAGAAACUACGAUUUGUGAUGCAUGACCUCAUCAAAGAUUUGGCUCAAAGGAUUGCAGGAGAUAUAUGCUUUAGGAUGGAGGAUGAAAUUCGGGGUGGUAAUAGAAGGAGAUUUCCUAAAAAGGUUCGACACUCUUCUUACUUGGGUGACGCCUAUGAUAUUGCUAAAAGUUGA